GCCCGCCCGCCGGCCCGCUCGCCACCAUGGAGCUGGAGGACGGUGUGGUGUACCAGGAGGAGCCCGGCGGCUCCGGGGCCGUGAUGUCGGAGCGGGUGUCUGGCCUGGCCGGCUCCAUCUACCGCGAGUUCGAGCGGCUGAUCGGGCGCUACGACGAGGAGGUGGUCAAGGAGCUGAUGCCACUGGUGGUGGCAGUGCUGGAGAACCUGGACUCGGUGUUCGCGCAGGACCAGGAGCACCAGGUGGAGCUGGAGCUGCUGCGGGACGACAACGAGCAGCUCAUCACCCAGUAUGAGCGGGAGAAGGCGCUGCGCAAGCACGAGGAACAAAAAUUCAUUGAAUUUGAAGACUCUCAAGAACAGGAAAAAAAGGAUUUACAGACCCGAGUGGAAUCUUUAGAAUCUCAAACAAGACAACUUGAACUAAAAGCAAAAAACUAUGCUGACCAGAUUAGCAGACUUGAAGAAAGAGAAGCAGAACUGAAGAAGGAAUAUAAUGCAUUACAUCAAAGACACACUGAGAUGAUCCAUAAUUAUAUGGAACACUUAGAAAGAACAAAACUUCAUCAGCUCUCAGGGAGUGAGCAGCUCGAAUCUACAGUCCAUAGUAGAAUUAGAAAAGAACGCCCUAUAUCACUAGGGCUUUUCCCAUUACCUGCGGGAGAUGGAUUGCUCACACCUGACACUCAGAAAGGCGGAGAGACCCCUGGGUCAGAGCAAUGGAAAUUUCAGGAAUUAAGUCAGCCACGUUCUCAUACCAGCCUGAAGGAUGAACUUUCUGAUGUUAGCCAAGGAGGAUCUAAAGCUACCACUCCAGCAUCAACGGCUGCUUCAGAUGUGGCAGCACUUCCUACUGAUACACCCUUGAAGGAAGACACUGAAGGAUUUGUGAAGGUUGCAGAUGCACCAAAUAAGUCAGAGAUAAGCAAGCACAUUCAAGUACAGGUAGCCCAAGAAACUAGAAAUGUAUCAACAGGCUCUGCAGAAAAUGAAGAGAAGUCAGAGGUUCAGGCCAUCAUCGAGUCCACUCCUGAGUUGGAUAUGGACAAAGACCUCAGUGGAUACAAAGGCUCCAGCACUCCCACCAAAGGCAUAGAGAACAAAGCUUUUGAUCGCAACACAGAAUCUCUCUUUGAAGAACUGUCUUCAGCUGGCUCAGGCCUAAUUGGAGAUGUGGAUGAAGGAGCGGAUUUACUAGGAAUGGGUCGUGAAGUUGAGAAUCUUAUAUUAGAAAAUACGCAACUGUUGGAAACCAAAAAUGCGUUGAAUGUAGUCAAGAACGAUUUGAUAGCAAAAGUGGAUGAACUGACCUGUGAGAAAGAUGUGCUGCAGGGGGAGUUGGAGGCUGUGAAACAAGCCAAACUGAAGCUAGAGGAAAAGAACAAAGAAUUGGAGGAAGAGCUGAGGAAAGCUCGUGCUGAAGCUGAGGAUGCGAGGCAAAAAGCAAAAGACGACGACGACAGUGAUAUUCCCACAGCCCAGAGGAAGCGGUUUACUAGAGUAGAAAUGGCCCGCGUUCUAAUGGAGAGAAACCAGUAUAAAGAGAGAUUGAUGGAACUUCAGGAGGCUGUUCGAUGGACAGAGAUGAUUCGAGCAUCAAGAGAAAAUCCAGCUAUGCAGGAAAAAAAAAGGUCAAGCAUCUGGCAAUUUUUCAGCCGACUUUUCAGCUCCUCAAGUAAUACUACUAAGAAACCCGAACCACCUGUUAAUCUGAAGUAUAAUGCACCCACUUCUCACGUUACUCCUUCUGUCAAGAAAAGGAGCAGCACCUUAUCUCAGCUCCCUGGGGACAAGUCCAAAGCCUUUGACUUCCUUAGCGAAGAAACCGAAGCUAGUUUAGCCUCACGCAGAGAACAAAAGAGAGAGCAGUAUCGCCAGGUAAAGGCACAUGUUCAGAAGGAAGAUGGGAGAGUGCAGGCUUUUGGCUGGAGCCUGCCUCAGAAGUACAAACAGGUAACCAAUGGUCAAGGGGAAAAUAAGAUGAAAAAUUUACCUGUGCCUGUUUAUCUCAGACCUCUAGAUGAAAAAGAUGCAUCAAUGAAGCUGUGGUGUGCUGUUGGAGUCAAUUUAUCUGGUGGGAAGACCAGAGACGGUGGUUCUGUUGUUGGAGCAAGUGUAUUUUACAAGGAUGUUGCUGGUUUGGAUGCAGAAGGCAGUCAGCAGCGGAGUGCAUCUCAGAGUAGUUUAGACAAGCUGGAUCAGGAACUGAAGGAACAGCAGAAAGAGUUAAAAAAUCAGGAAGAAUUAUCUAGUCUCGUCUGGAUCUGUACCAGCACUCAUUCAGCUACAAAAGUUAUCAUUAUUGAUGCUGUUCAACCAGGCAACAUCCUAGACAGUUUUACUGUUUGCAACUCCCACGUUCUCUGUAUAGCAAGUGUACCAGGAGCACGAGAGACAGACUACCCUGCAGGAGAAGAGCUUUCAGAAUCUGGACAGGUAGACAAAGCAUCUUUAUCUGGAAGCAUGACAAGCAAUAGCUCAGCAGAGACAGACAGCCUGUUGGGAGGCAUCACAGUGGUUGGUUGUUCUGCAGAAGGUGUGACAGCAGCUGCCACCCCCCCUAGUACCAACGGUGCUUCUCCAGUGACAGAAAGGCCACCAGAAAAGGAAGCAGAGAGUAGUGAGAUUGAUGAAAAUGUUCCAACAGCAGAAGAAGCAACUGAAGCCACAGAAGGCAAUGCUGGGUCAGCUGAAGACACCGUGGACGUCUCCCAAACUGGAGUGUACACAGAGCACGUCUUUACAGAUCCUUUGGGAGUUCAAAUCCCAGAAGACCUCUCACCAGUGUACCAAUCAAGUAAUGACUCAGAUGUGUAUAAAGAUCAAAUAUCAGUGUUGCCAAACGAACAAGACCUGGUGAGAGAAGAGGCCCAGAAAAUGAGUAGCCUUUUACCAACUAUGUGGCUUGGAGCUCAAAAUGGCUGCUUGUAUGUCCAUUCAUCUGUAGCCCAGUGGAGGAAAUGUCUCCAUUCUAUUAAACUUAAAGAUUCGAUUCUCAGUAUUGUACACGUGAAAGGAAUUGUGUUAGUGGCCCUGGCUGAUGGCACCCUUGCAAUCUUUCACAGAGGAGUUGAUGGGCAGUGGGAUUUGUCAAACUAUCACCUGUUAGAUCUUGGGCGGCCUCACCAUUCCAUCCGAUGCAUGACUGUGGUACAUGACAAAGUCUGGUGUGGCUAUCGGAACAAAAUCUAUGUGGUUCAGCCAAAGGCCAUGAAAAUCGAGAAAUCAUUUGAUGCACAUCCCAGGAAGGAGAGCCAGGUGCGGCAGCUUGCGUGGGUAGGUGACGGUGUGUGGGUCUCCAUUCGUUUGGAUUCUACUCUCCGUCUCUAUCAUGCACACACUUACCAGCAUCUGCAGGAUGUGGACAUUGAGCCUUAUGUAAGCAAGAUGUUAGGUACUGGAAAACUGGGCUUCUCUUUUGUGAGGAUCACAGCUCUUAUGGUGUCUUGCAAUCGUUUGUGGGUGGGGACAGGAAAUGGUGUCAUUAUCUCCAUCCCACUGACAGAAACAAAUAAAACCUCAGGAGCACCGGGAAAUCGGCCUGGAAGUGUGAUCCGAGUAUAUGGUGAUGAAAACAGUGACAAAGUGACUCCAGGGACGUUUAUACCCUAUUGUUCAAUGGCACAUGCACAGCUUUGCUUCCAUGGGCAUCGGGAUGCUGUGAAAUUCUUCGUGGCCGUCCCAGGUCAAGUUAUCAGCCCACAGAGUGGCAGUAGUGGCACAGACCUGACAGGUGACAAAGCAGGGGCAUCUGCACAGGAGCCUGGCAGCCAGACACCCUUGAAGUCUAUGCUUGUCAUCAGCGGAGGAGAGGGCUACAUUGACUUCCGAAUGGGUGAUGAAGGUGGAGAAUCAGAACUUCUGGGAGAGGAACUUCCACUUGAACCUUCUGUUGCCAGAGCGGAAAGGAGUCACUUGAUAGUGUGGCAAGUGAUGUAUGGCAGUGAGUGAGCCCAUGGGACACAGGUGGAGACGGGCAAGCUGUCUCUUCUGCAUGGUUUCUUUCCCCUUGCCUCUUUAUUUAAUUCUCUCUUUGUGAAAUAAGUUUCACCACAUAAUGUGUGAGCAUUUUUCCCCGUUAACUUUACAUUACAGAAUCUGUCUUAACGCAACAAUGCAGGAACUAGCUGAUUUACUGCACCAGUGUUCUAGGCAAUUUCAGUAUGUUAUGAACAAAUCAAAGAAUGUUUACUUUCUACAAACUAGUGAAUUCUAGAAAGCAAUCCAAAUGUGGUUUAUUCUGCCACAGCGAAUGUCACUCACUUCAUUUGAUGGGGUCACUUUUUAGCUGUCACUAAUAAUGGAAUUAAUGGAAACACUUGAUAAAUGAAACUGUACCAUUAAGUACAAUAGUAAAGUUUUACCCAAUGUAUUAUAAAAUUGACACAAACUAAUAUUGGGUGGAAUAUCAGGAUUUAUCUAAAUGUCCCGAGAGGGCUAAAAGCUAACUGUAAAUUACUUUCACUUUCACUUUCAAAUCUGAAAAAUCUUGUUUAUAUGGUAUAUAAAAACUUUGUUUUCAUCAGAUUGGGGGGGUUUUAUAUUAAAGAAAUUAAGACUACACUAUUUAAAUAAAUGUUUCCUAUUUCCGACUUAUUAGAGCUCUAAGUUUAUGAGGCCUACUUCUCUGAAUAUGCUUUUUUUUUUUUUUUGAGACUAGUUUUACUCAUUUUCACACUAAUGUGUCUGAAAGGUUUAUACUUAUAAGGCUUAGAAGAUAGGCAUCAACAAUGGGAGGAUUUUUUGAAAAGGAAAUUGUUUGGAUUCCUUGUACCAGCAGAUGGUGGUGGUUGGCUGAGUUUUUUUCAUGUAAAAAACUACCUAUUUACUAAUUGUCCUUGGGCUGCUCUAACCAGUUCAUACGAUUAAAGCUGUAGUGGUGAUAGGAUGUGGCCUAGCGGACUGAGUGAGGGAUUUGAUUAGAAAAGGUCUUUUCUCUUGUUCUGUAUAAAACUACAGAACAGCUUGCAGUUGAUAUUUUGUAUGUAAAUGACACACUUGAGCUUUUAUGCCCUUGCAAGAUUAAAAUGCCAUCUUCAAAGAGGAAAGCUAUGCAGGGCAUGACCACAAAGCCAAGAUACCAUGGAGUGAACGUUAACAUGACAUCUUUUCACUCACAGUGCCCAUUUAAAAAUAGUCUGCAUCUAACUGAUUUCCUUGUUUAAUACGUUUUUAAGAACCAGUAUGCUGCAGUUCUUUCCCUUCAAGCUUCUUGAAAAUGUGUGUUUACCAUUUUUUACUCACUUUAAGCAAAGCUAAAUAUGAAUUUAAGAGCUAUUUUAAAAAUAUAAACUUGUUGGAUAAAGACCCCUCAUCAGGACUAUCAAAGAAAAGAAAGCAGACACAGGUCUCAGUAGUCUAAGUGUUCUUAAGUACCAGAGAUUGUUCCUCUGAACUGUCGUGUAAAGAUAUUUGUAAAAAGUACACCAGUAUCUUUUACAUAGAUACAGGAUUAGGCUAGAUUAUCAAAUACUUGAGAUUUAAUGAGCUGGAGGAGGCCUUUGGAUCCAUUUGGCCACGUGUGUCUGUAAGCACAUUGUGUACACAGUAAAAUGGUAGCCCCUUUAGAUGGCUAGAAGGAAAAACUCUUGGUAAAAGCUGUAUUAAAAGGAGAAUGUUUUUGCUUGAGCUACGUACUUUUCUUCAGUGCACCAAAACUUAGGCCUCUUUUCCAGAACGUAUAAGCUAUGUUUUUAUUUCAUUUUAAAUUGGAGUCAUUUUUACCUUUGAAAAACCCACAUUCUAAAAUAUUUUGGGGAAUGUUGUAUAAAUUCACAAAAAAAGAUAUAGCAAAGUAUUUGGGGAUUUUAAUCCCAAGAGUCAUAUCCCAUUUGCUGUUCAGUCUUACAGUUUGUAUGACCGAAUGUAAUUUAGGAAGUCAGGAGUUAAAGAUGGGAAGUGCAAAGAAACCUGUUACAAUGGUUGCAGUUUGCUCUUUUAAGCUUGCUGGCUUUAAUUUAAGGAAUAAGGGUGUGUCGGUAUUUAAUCUGUAAAACUGUCGUUGCCUGUGGCCCUGAUCAUCAGCUUCUGGGACUACAAAACGCCUGUACGAUUUGUUUUAAGGGCUUGUCCUCAUGUUUGUAAUUUCAGCGAAAUAUUUUCUACUGAUUGUUUUAUCCACCCCCCCCCCCAAAAAACAGGUUUAUAUUCCUGUAAUGCUCACUUUAGUCAGGGUGGCAACUGUGGAAGAAAAUGCCAACAUGGAAGCUUCUUGCGAGCAGCAGAGUGGUUGGUAUGAACUGCCUGUAGCUUGCGCAUCAAGGGCAGAAAAGAGGCUUCACUACACGGAGUUGUCUCUCCAUGUUAAUAAAAAAAGUUUACCCCUAUUGGAAGAAAUAAGGAUUCCUGAGAAUUUUCUCAUUUUACUACACUCGGGUAUGUAUGAGGUGGAACCCGGGAGACUGCCGAUGGCCGCCUUGCCGACCUGCAGGAGGGGCCGUGUCCUGGCGCUUACUGGCAGGUGCAGGGUCAGCUCCCUGUGAGGCUGGGGAGAGAAUAUUCUCUAGGAACCCAGGUUCAGAGCGUUUUCUCUAAUUCAUGUGGAUCUAAAAUUUUAAAAUAGGAAUGAAUAUCUUAAUAGCUGCAGCUUGUUGAGAGUGUAAAAGGUUUUGAGCACAAAAUAUGCAGCACACCACUUUUCCAGUUAAGUGUGUUUGCACAGAAGAGGCUGAAACACAUUCUCCCGGCUGCUUUAGUCCCUUCCUGGAAGGGUCGGCCUGCGUUAGAACAGACCCUUUAACAAUGCGCGCCUUAGAAACAAACAGCGGAACAGUUGUCUUACAGUGUUCACUGUCCUCAAGAACGUGUGUCCUGCAAAUGCUGUGGAACUGCAUAUUUAUUUCCUUGUGAGUAUUACGGCCACUACCAAAGGACUCGACCAGAUUUCAGGCUCUCCUUCAUCGAUCAUGUUUGUAAUGGGAAGAGUAGAGAGAAUUAAAUGUGGAAAUCAUAAAUGCUUUUCUAACAGGGUUAUGCUGUUUUAUAACACAAAAUGUCUUUCUUUCUCUUUAAAAAAUUAAGUUGUUAUUAAUGUCCUACAUUUCUCAAUAUUUGAAUAUAUAUUUUAACCAUUUUAUGUUCUGAAUUUGUUUUUUGUCCUAGAUAUUUUAUCCGGAAUUUUACUUGCCUCUAUAAUCUGAAAACUGGGUUCUAGAUUGUCCUACGUGCUGUCUCUUGGAGGCUGAGGCUUCAUUUCUAUGAGCAAAAAGCUCGUUUAGCAACGUAGUUAUUUCAGUAUUUAUUUCUAUUAUGGAAUCCCUGGGGUUCGGAAUGUAACUUUGUACAUGAAAUAUAUAUAAAUAUGUAUAUGAAACAUG